AUGGCUCAGGAAACAAACCAGACCCCAGGGCCCAUGCUGUGUGGUACAGGAUGUGGAUUUUAUGGAAACCCUAGGACAAAUGGGAUGUGCUCCAUUUGCUACAAAGAGCAUCUUCAGCGACAGCAGAAUAGUGGUGGAAUCAGCCCAAUAGGAAGAGUUAGUGGUUCAAACAGUCCUACCUCAGACUCUGCAUCUGUACAGAGAACAGACACUAGCUUAAACAACUGUGAAGGUACUGCUAGUAGCACAUCUAAAAAAUCAAGAAAUGUACCUGUUGCCACUUUGCCUGUAAUGCAGCAAAUGACAGAAAUGAGUAUUUUGAGAGAGGAAAAAGCAUCACGGAAAACAGAGACCAAGCCAGGGUCCGGCGUCGAAGAUUCACCCUUUUCGCUAGGGUCCCUGUUCGGGCGCCACUUGUUGGGAGGGGAACCCCGGAGUCAAUGA